AUGAGGGGUGCGAGAAAAUCGAUCCACGCUAUCAUCACAUGGGUGCGGCGGCAGCCACCGAAGAUGAAGGCUUUUAUCGCUGUCGUAUCCAGCAUGGUGGCUCUCGUCCUUCUCCGCAUUAUUGUUCACGAUCACGACAAUCUUUUCGUCGCCGCCGAGGGUGUUCAUUCUCUUGGAAUCUCUGUUCUCAUCUACAAGCUCAUCAAAGAAAGAACUUGUGCCGGAUUAUCACUCAAAUCCCAGGAAUUGACAGCUCUGUUUUUAGCUGUCAGGCUGUACUGCAGUUUUGUCAUGGAAUAUGAUAUACACACCGUGCUUGAUUUGGCUACUUUUGUAACAACAGUGUGGGUUAUAUACAUGAUUCGUUUUAAAUUGAGGUCUAGUUACAUGGAGGAGAAAGACAAUUUUGCUCUAUACUAUGUGGCGGUACCCUGUGCUGCGUUAGCCUUGUUUGUUCAUCCAUCAACUUCACAUCAUUUAUUGAACAGGAUUUUCUGGGCAUUCUGUGUAUAUCUUGAAGCUGUGUCAGUACUGCCCCAACUGCGAGUCAUGCAGAAUACCAAAAUUGUAGAGCCAUUCACGGCACAUUAUGUAUUUGCCUUGGGUGUAGCAAGAUUCUUGAGCUGUGCUCAUUGGGUUCUUCAGGUGUUAGAUAGUCGUGGACAUUUGUUGGUUGCUUUGGGGUAUGGAUUAUGGCCGUCAAUGGUACUUAUUUCAGAAAUUGUGCAGACAUUUAUCUUAGCAGAUUUCUGUUACUAUUAUGUCCAAAGUGUUUUCGGGGGACAGCUUGUUCUCCGCCUACCUUCUGGUGUGGUGUGA